UCCUCACUUCCGGGCGCCGUGCCACCUCCGGACGCCUUAUUUCCGGGCGCGCCUCACUUCCGGCUUCUCCGGCUCGGCCGCCCGGUCCUCAUGCUGCCGGCGCGGCGCCUGCGGGGAGUGGAGGACAAGUCACAGAUGAGGAAGGCACCGCACUAGGCGCCCCAGUCAUGGCAGCUCCGUGGAAGAGCGCUCUGCUGCUGCUUCUGGCAUCUCAGGCUGUCUCCUCGUUGAACGCCUCUGACGAGGAGGAAGUUCCAGAAGAAUGGAUCCUUCUGCACGUUGUUCAGGGUCAGAUAGGAGCUGGGAAUUACAGCUAUUUGAGGUUAAAUCAUGAGGGAAAGAUAGUUCUUAAGAUGCAGAGCUUGAAAGGUGAUGCGGACCUGUAUGUAUCCGAUAGCACCCUGCACCCGAGCUUUGAUGACUACGAGUUACAGUCUGUCACUUGUGGCCAGGACGUGGUUUUCAUACCAGCGCACUUCCAGCGCCCCGUGGGAAUAGGGAUUUAUGGACAUCCAUCUCACCACGAGAGUGAAUUUGAAAUGAAAGUGUAUUAUGAUACAACGAUCGAACAGCACCCCUUCGGUGAGACUGCUUAUUCAGACGGUACAGAUACGAGUCGGAAGCAGGCUUAUGCUCCAGAAGAUGCAUCUCAAGAAGAGGAAUCUGUUCUUUGGACGAUAUUAAUUAGUAUUUUGAAAUUGGUACUUGAAAUUCUUUUCUGAUUCUUUGAACAUACUGUGGAGUAUAAUACCCUUAAUCUGUGAAGCUGAGUGCAGUUCGCUGUGAACCUAGCUACUUGUACCUGGUUGGAAUUCUGGUUACCUUUCCUAGAUGGGGGAUGGAAAAAUAAAGCCAUACAGUUUUGUUACCUCAGUCACCCCAGAAGUAUGAACAGCAUCAAGCACGAUAUUUAUUUUCUCUCUAAACAUCAAAAUUCCUGUAAAAGGAAUGUGCAUAAUAAAAUGUUUAAACCCCAUUUUGAUUAGUUUGUCAGGUGACUAAACAUGAUUGCAGUGACUUAUGAAGUUACAAAGUGUCAGCGUUGAAGAGUUAACUAAAAGCAAGUCUGAAAUGUAAUGAUUUCUCCACACUUGCCUGAGCAUGGACUAAAGUCCCAUGCCUACACCCCAAGCAGGGACAGCACCUCCUGUCCAAACGGCAUUUCCUGGUAGGCAGGUCCCAGUUAAAGACGGUUCUAAACCCAGCUGCACCAAAUCUCAUCAGGUCAUUUGUAAUUUUAUCAUCUUGGGCUCCUAUUAAAAGUCUUCCGUUAUUAAAUAACUUUGCUAUGCUACCUACCCAUGGUAGACAAGAAAGGCUAUAGAUUAGGAAAAUUUCAUGAAAAUAAUAGUAACUUUUAGGCUAACAGAGUAAUAAAGUAUUUCAAAUUAAGCUGCAUGAUAUUACCACUGAAUUUCUGGAAAGAGACAGAGUACUAAGAUAAAGCCCUUUUGGAAGAUGGAACUAUUCUUCUGCCUGAAAUUGGUUUCAAGGGUAAGAGUAGCUUAUAACAAAAUGAAUGAACUUGCAGAUUUUAAGCACACAGUUUCAGAAAUCUUUUAUUGGCAUAAAAAUGAGAAUGUUGUAAACUGGCACCAAAUACUUCAUUUAAAUGCACGUUACAGUAUUGGGGUCAAAACCUAUCCCUCUUUGCUGUUCUUCCCCCUUCUGCCCACCUUCCUGGGUGUUGGGGGGGCUUGCUGACAACAGGCACAAAUCCAGCGACCUAGGAGAAAAAUUGUUAGUUAAUACAGGAUGGAAUUUAACUUUUUAGGACUGAAUUUUAAACCCAGUUAGCUCUCCUUCUUUAGCAACGGCUACUGAUAAUCCUCACUGGAUUUCUGGUGGGACGGGCACUAACGAGUUCCUUAAUUUAAGGAGAAAAAUGCAAACUUCCCUUAAGGUAAUCAGUGUCAUCAAUGCCCUGUGAAAUGCACAGGGGGAGGGAAGGGGUCAUGGGAGGAACUAAAUGGUAGGGACCUUUAAACAGUUGAAGUCCUUUCUGAAAUUCAAACACUAUCAUACUCUGAGAGUUCAAGCAUACAAAUCCCAAUAUAAAACCUGUUACUGACUUUCGCUUAGUUUCAGCCUGUGCUGCUCAGCGGCAGCUGUGCGCUCCUGGCAUCCUCUCAAGUGCUGGUGUGCUGCAGUCACACAGCACUGUAAAGUGUGUCAAGUAUCUGACGGCAUUGUGAUGAGCUCUACAACAUACUUGAUCUCAAUCACUGAACAACUCUGAAUAAUUAAGUUGCUUGCAUCUCAACAAGUCCCAGGAAACCUAGGCAUAUAUUUUAUAAAGUAUGAGACAGUGUCACCCAUGCAAAUAAGUUCUAAAGUUACACAAUUAUGUGUGUAAUGUUUUAGUCCGAUUACUGUAAUUUAUUCUUUGAUUCUGUGUUCAUUCUGAAGUUACCUGGAAUUGUUAUGCUGCCUCAAUUUACAAAAAUCUGGUUUAAUAUGUAUAAAGGCAUAGCAGUCAUUUUGUUAAGUUUCUAAAUGACUUAUAAAAUCAAGGCUUUGAAACAAAUUGAUGCUACUCCUUUAGCUAUUUCAGUAGAACACUGGCUCAAUCUAUAUACACUGAGCUCUACUUCCAAAACUUAUAGGCAGUCUGAUAUCUCACUUGUCCUUUAGUCAGCUUGUCUAAGGAUGAAAAACAGGUGGACAUGACCACAGCUUUGGUCACUUCUUGUAAAUAAAAGGAUCUCCAGGCC